AUGUCUUCUUCAACAAUACUGUAUAAUCCAAACUCAAAACAAUUAUCUUUACCAUCCGAUAUCACUGACAUACCACAAGAAAAUGAAACAUUAAUAAUCAACUGUGAGCAAAUCAAUAAACUUUCUACUUCUUUAAUCUCAGAAUCAAAUCCAAAUUUUACUCCACAACCAAAGGAAGAAGCCUCUAAAUUAAUUAAAAAUUUAUUUGAAACUGGAUUGAAACAAAUGAAAUCAAAUAAAUUACAAGAAGCUUUGAAAUCUAUCUCUUUGGCCAUCGAAAUGCAAAGGAGGAAAAGAACUCCAUAUGAAGCCUUUGGUAUUCAAUUACAAGAAUUACAAUUAAUGCUACGUCAAAAAAUUGAUUUGGAAUUACUAACGGGUAAAUAUCUAGAUGCAGUGCAAGAUUUAGAGUUCUUAUUGGGUACAGGUAUGCUAGCCCCUGAAGUCUUUAUAAGAUUGACUGAUGCUCUUUUGAAAUUGAAUCAAGUCCAUCAAGCUAAAGUUUAUUGUGAAAGAGGGUUAAGUUUCGCUCCUAAUGAAACUAAAUUGAAAGCCUUAAAUAUGGAAUGCACUAGAAAAAUAAAGGAAUAUAAUGGUGAUAUUUAA